AUGGGUCCACCAAGAUAGCUGCCAUAGCUUAUGAUUUUGGACGAAACGCGACAAGAUAAUAAAACGAAAUUCAUGACAAAGAAAGGGGAUUAAUAAUUGAAAUCCCGCGGGCGUCGUAUGUCAUGUUUUUACCUUUUUACAAUGGCGAAUUAGCCUAAUUUCAAAAGUCAAAAUUCACCUCGUGCUAAACAACGCCUGCCCAUUACAAGACGAGAGAAGAUGAAACGAAGUUCGCUCAAACAAAGCAGAACUUAUUCUAACAUCACAUCCGUGAUUUUCAUCAAAUCCAGUGGGAAAUACGAUGAAUUGAUAAUGCAAACGGUGGACAAAAACUUUGUCUGGAAUAUUUCACGCGAAGUUCUUUAUCUCAGCCGUAUUUGUUGAGUUAAAUCUCGCGUUCGCUAUUGGCAUUGAAAGUGAAAUAUUAUGGCAUUCCCUUCAAGGCAGUGGACAGCAUUCUAUGAACAUCUUAUGAUCUUAACUUGUGCAUUUCUGUUAAACAAUCGAGGUUAUAUCAUGCCGUCGUAAAGAAUUGCGCAACGGUUUGAUGACAAUAUAUAUGGUUGAAGAGGGAGAGGCUUUGUAUAUCCGGAGUAUGUAAUCUCUGUAUGACGUUGUCGUUGAUAAAAUGACAGUUCUUCCUUUUAGGGAUAUAGCGAUUCCGUUGCAUCACAGGAAGACAUUGAUUCAUCAUGUGAAAGUGCACACGCCGGAAAAACAGAGGUCAGCUAAAUUAGACGCUUCCCCCGUCAAGUAAAACGAAACCUAUUAACCUAACCGCUCCAAAUGUCUUCCCGGAGUUACCGACAAGCUUGAAAGAGUCGCCAGCCCUUUGUAAUUGGUUGAUCUAAAAGGUAGACACGGAAUGAGGUAUUUUCUAAUAUAACCAAGGGCAAGAAGGAACGACGUCGCAGCAUCUUUGAGUAACUUCUAAUGGAAGUUCAUCACAGCCCACGUUUUCUCACGGAAGACAUAAUCUCCGGAUCAUCCUAUCUGGCAUGUGUGAUCUGCACUCAUAUAUUCCACGCUCCACGCGUGGAGAUUGCUUUUUCAAAAUGGCGCGGGAUACCGCGGUAUGUCAAAUUUUCGAAGCAAAAAUUUGAAACGUCUGGUUGUCUUUUUACUUCGUUUUCUCACCUCAAAUUCACUGAAACUCAAAGCUACCUUGUUUAUUUUAAGGACAUGCAAGUUGAACAAAUUCCCUCGAUCAUCAAAGAUAUUUUACUUGGAAAUAAUUUAUCAAGAGAUAGUGAUCAUGUUUUUGACAACGUCUUGCAAAGAUGUUCCAGCCAAAGUUGCACGGAUAUUCCUCCGAUCGUGCUCACCAAAGAAGAUCGUUUGAUUUUGCAAAAAGAUCGUGAAGAUGCGAUGAAAUGUGAAAAGUUGAUAGCAAAAAGAAAACAGGAAAAGUACUUUGAUCUGGUUGAUCAAAUUCAAAAUGUUUUACAAAGAAUUGAGAAAAAGAAUUCACGAAAACCUGACAGUUCCCAGAAUGAAGAUGUUCACAAGUCCACUGUUGAGAAUUCAAGUGAUUUCAACAACAAUCCUUUCUCAAAUCACUCUGAAGUCUACACUGAAAACAUGGAGCCAUGGUCACCUCAAUAUUUCAGCAGAGAUUUGGACGGUUCAAGGCAACAUACUCAACAACAGCACAGACCUGGACGGUAUUCCUUACCAGCAAAUUUCGAGACAAUGUACCAUUCUGUUCCCUUGGCUAGGAAUUUUGAACACAGUAGUCACAUUGAAGAAAACCAUUCCCCCAGGCAAAGACCAUUAUCCGCAUAUUCUCUUCAUGAUGUCGUGAAUAAUAACCAAGGUGACAGAUUUUAUGGUGGUGGUGAUGGUCGUCAGCUACAAAACAACUACCAUACAAUGUAUUCACAUGAAAGACCACCACCAGUGUCAUCACAUAACAAACACUCCUAUUCUGGUAAUAAUGGCUAUCAUUCUAUACCAGUCUACGAAGAAAGACCAUACCAUACGAAUAUAGGCAAGCAAGAUGAGUUUCCUCCAAGGCCUGUUGAUUCUUCCUGGAAAACUGGCCCAUCCAAGUCUAAAACCACUCCUGGUCUUCCCAACUCUGAUGGCAUAAACCAUUCCUCGAUGAUCACUAACUCACCCAUAUCACAGGCAAGUGAAAGUCAUUCCUUCAUCUCCAAGCAAAGAGAGCUUCUAGCUUUGGAACAAGUGCAACUUGAGAAUCAUUACGCAGCUCUACAGGGACAGCUUUUAGCGGACUUUCAACAACGACAAGAAGAGUUGAUAGAAGUUUACAAUAAAAGUUUGGAGACACAGUCCGGCACUGGUCAAACUAGUCAGUCAAUUUUGGAAAGAUCUUUUGAGUCUGAUUCUGAAGUAACCCUGACGUCAAGCACCAGAGAACAGGAGCAUUUCACGUUGGUCAGAACGGAGGAAUUACCCCAGAGUCCGUUUGGGAUAACUGUAAAGAGAGGAGUGUCUCAGAAUUCAGGCCAGAGAAACGAUACAAGAUCAUUAGGGAAUUCUCGUGCAGAAAGACGAAAACAAAGUCCGAUUCUUCUCCAGAACGAAGGGUCGAAGUCGAGAAACAAUUCAAGAUCGCUUCAAAAGAGAGCCUCGCCUAUAACCAACUCAAUUUUGCCUGAUAAUGCGAGAUUUACGAAAGAGUCUAGUCCUUUUCAGAACCAGAUUUCUCCAGAUCUUUGGCUUACCAAAAGUUCUGCUGCUUCUCAGAGUCAAUCAUCGCGGCAACAUGAUGGUACACGAAACGUCCCUGGGAAUUUAUCCAAGGAUCAGUUAUCUUCGCCAGCUUCGACGGGAAAGAGUUUUAAUUCAGAAGUAAGCGCUCAGGAUUAUUAUGAAAUGCCGUAUUUCAGGGAGUCUGAAUCUGUUGCAAAAGGCAAAAUUGGGGACGUUGAUGCUGGAAAUCGUAAAGGUUAUGUUGGGAAAACCAGUAGAAACUCGACGAAGAAUUUUGCAGUUGUUACGUCGCCUAAACGAACCCCACUGAGCAGUUUUGAAUCAAAGACUGUCAAAAAUCUUGAAAUUACCAAGAGUCGCAAGUUUUACGUGAUGUCUGCUGUGGCUAAAGGCUUCCUCGCUCGAUUGCUCUUUCAAACUGCAAAGAUUACUGGACUAAUAACCACGAUUAAGGAUGCCAAAAGUGUUUUAGCUGAAAUGAGCUCGGAAUCCAGCCAGUCCCUAACGGAUCGUUCGUUCAAAGAAAGAGUCAGAACACAGCUCCACUCCGCUCAAAGUGAACUGCGAAGAAUAUUCGUGGAUUCUCCUCCAAGCGAACGAAUGAAAAUACUAGAAAAUCAUCGAAGGCUCGUGCGAGAAAAAGAGUCUAGGAACGUAAACAAGGCCCACUCUGCCAGCGAGGCACCUCCACAGCGGCCGAAAUUAUCAAACGUCACGAUGAAGAAACGACUUUCCAGACAACAAACCCAGGAAAGGACACCCAAGUCUGAAAAUGAAGCCACUCCGAACUCUUCCAAAGCCUCUCGAAGCGCCAGCAAAAACACUCCUAAGAGCUCGACUAGGAACACACCAACGGCAACAAAGGCUAAAUCUUCAACGAAAAGCAAAACUAGAGGUGGCCAAGAGACUCCUAAAACCUCACACCCCGAUGCUGUAAGCAAACAAGUAACAAGAACUACUCACCCAACUGGUGCUACCACUGCGUGUGACCCCGUCGCUACAGCAGAGACCGCUGUUCAACGCAACAAGACAACGGAAAAUAAACGAGAUGAUGGGAAGAUGGACAGGAACAAGUCAUCGAUGAAGUCGAGUAAAACAAACUCCAGGGUGACUCAAACCACGAAGAAUAGACGAAGGACAUGGGAUACGACUGUACCAAAACCAAUCCAAGGACGAAUAUCCCCAACGAGACCAACAGAAAAGACGAGGUUGUCAAACGAAAAACGACAAUCGACAUUGUCGACCGCUCGCAAGGCCGGUCAGAAGCUUCUUGGAGACUAUCAGGCGAAGGAUCUGUCUGGACAGUCCAGCAAAUGCGAGGUAUCUGGGAUAGACAUGAGUAAAACAUAUAAAGUAACUAAUACUGAGCAAGCAGUAAAAAAGACUGGAGCGAGACGUUCUCUGGCGGCAAACCUGACACAUAAAAAACCUUAGUACAUGAAGUAGUCAGUCGGCUUUGGGGUUGAUUGAAAUAACAGGGAUACAGCCACUUCAAGUUAAUCCUUUGACAUCAAUGAACCUUGGUCUCAGAUGCAAAUUAAAUACUGUCUAUUUAGGGAUUUACCUGUGUUAAAUACCUAGGACGAGCUUAGACUUGAAAUUCGAGUUUAAACUCAGGAAAAAGACGUGCAGUUCAGCUUAUUCACUCUUUGUAUGCCCAGCGUUCAUGUUUUAGGGUCUUAAUUAAAUGACAACCUAAACGAGUUAAGAUAUGCUUGUUCAUCCACGUAUUUUCGAAGCUCACAGACGCUACUGUGCGUGUUAUAACAGUUGAUUACAGUGCGAUUUGAUUUUGAUUAGAAUGCGUCAAACGCCUGUAAUCGUUUAUAGACCCAGUCACGUUUAUGAGAUUAUUAUGAGUCUUUUAAAACGAGGACGUAUUUUUAUUAUUUGUGUUCGAUAAUUAAAAUACUGACGUUCAACCAUCACCCUCGUCACGCACAAGUGCACGUUCUUGAAAUACACAAUGCUUCUUUAUACUAUCUGUGCAUUUAAAGUGCCCGUAAUUCGUAAUGCUUCUAAAUUGCAACCUUGAAUAUGCCGAGGAUAAUUAUGCUGUUGAGUGUAGUCGUGUAGGGAUAAAACCGUAACCACAUAUUGCGUCAGCGGUGAAGAAACAAAAAGAAAGAUUACGAUUCUACGGAGAGAAUAAUGAGAUAAGAGUUCAGCGAAUAUCGGAUGGAAUCAUAGAAACACGAAGACAAACAACUUUACAUGUCUUGUCAAGCUCCGGCGAAUCUCGAAGUGAAGAGCUGUUUUUGAAUGACUUGUUGUGUGAUGCUCCAGGAUAUUUCACCUUGAUUAAGCAGGUGUAUUUGCAACGGGUAUUUCAACGACGCGCUUCGGCUUGUCCAAGUUAUUUUGAAUGAUAACGUUGAACGCUGAAUAUUCUACGGAACUGAACGAGCUUUUUUGGAUCGCUGCCGGUGAAAAGGAGAAAAGAUUCUGCGCUGCGGAAAACUUGAAGAAUCUCUGCUCGUGAAACUCGUCGGGAAAGUACAUAUCCUCACGAACUUGCUGACGAAAAGGAUCGAAAUUGACUUCUAAUCGUACAACAGAAAGCGUGAUAUAAUUGGAAACUGUGAGUACUCCUAGUUGCCCCGUAGUCACAUCCUUUAUCCAGUAUUCACACCCGUUAUCCCGUGUUUCCACCUGUCAUCCCUUG